AUGGUUGUAUUCAGGGAUUGUGUGGACCACGUGGACUACAUGUCACAGGCGAACAAGGGGGCCCCUGAUGCUGAGAUAGCGCUGGAGCUUUUGUCCUUCCCCAUCGCUGGACAGAGGCUCUCGGGAGCGGCCCGGGCCGGGAGCCCCGAGGGCACCGCCGUGGGCACCGUGCUGGGUCUGGUGGGGUUGCGAGGCCGCACCCCAGAGUUCGGGAAAACUCACCUCUCUGCGUAUCUCCUAUUAGAAUUGCUGGCCGAGUUUCCUCCUGGUGGGUUGGGGUGCAGCCUUGUGAUUGCUGUAUAUUUCUCUUCUUUUCCAGUUUGUGUUUCUUAUCUGGGAAGAUUUUACCAGGACCUCAAAGACAGAGAUGUCACAUUCUCACCAGCCUCUAUUGAAAAAGAACUUGUAAAGUUCUGCCGCGAAGCAAGAGGCAAAGAGAACCGGUUGUGCUACUACAUUGGGGCCACAGACGAUGCGGCCACCAAGAUCAUCAAUGAGGUGUCGAAGCCCCUGGCCCACCACAUCCCUGUGGAGAAGAUCUGCGAGAAACUCAAGAAGAAGGACAGCCAGAUCUGUGAGCUGAAAUAUGACAAGCAGAUCGACCUGAGCACAGUGGACCUGAAGAAGCUCCGAGUUAAAGAGCUAAAGAAGAUCCUGGACGACUGGGGGGAAACGUGCAAAGGCUGUGCCGAAAAGUCUGACUACAUCCGGAAGAUUAACGAACUGAUGCCUAAAUAUGCCCCCAAGGCAGCCAGUUCACGGACUGAUUUGUAGUCUGCCAGGUCCCUGCUGCACCUGAGGGAAAAAAAAAAGCAGUUGAGCUGUCUUCCCCAAACAGCGUUUUGUAAUUUAUUUUUUAAGCAGGCUCCUGACAAUGUCAGGUGUGAAGCCUGGAGCUUUCCUGAUGAUGCUGGCUCUCCAGCGCCCCCGUGCGGGGAUCCACUUCCUUCUGUUGCUGGUUUUCUCUAGGACUUCAAAGUGUGGGAUUUUUUUAUUAAAGAAAGAACAUUUCUAGCUGUCCUUGGAGAAUUAAAGUGAAUAUUGAAAUAGGGUUUUACUCCUGAUGAAAAUCAGGAAUAAACCACUGGUACGUGCUUCCCGGUGUA